GGCUACCAGCGCGGUCAAGCUGUUUAAGCUUUCUUUAUAGUAUACACAAAAUAGGACGUGCAUGUGAAUAAUACGUGGUUCUAGUGUUCGCGGUUCUAUCGAGUCCCACAGUCUGAAGUGAACCAUCCUUCAGCAGCAGCCAUGUCUCAGCAGCAGCAGCAGCAGCAGCGGGUGGUUCAGCUGUCAGCGCACGCGCUCGCCGUGGUGCUGCGGAAGGACGACGACGACGACUCCGCGAGCUCGAGCAGCGGACACGACGUGUUCAUGGAGUUUAAGUCCCAGAAUCUGCGCAGCUUCUGGAAUAAAAGGCUCGUCAAGGCAAUGGCCGAAGUUUACUUCCAGGGCUGGAUGGAAAAUUCCGUGCUGCUCAUUCAAGGGAGCGGCAGCAAUUUGGAGGUGCUGAGGGAAGCCUGGAUGCGCAGAGCCCUCAGGUCCCCCAUGGGGUUCACCAUCAGAGCAGUGGGUGACUUAUCUCCAGUACAGAUGUCUCCUAUCUCUCAGUCACAGUUCAUUCCAUUGUCUGAGGUACUAUGCUCAGUCAUAUCCGACAUGAACGUUGCUCACGUCAUGGUCAACCAAGAAUCGCUAAUUAAUCACAUGAUGAAGGCCCAUCCAGGAAUGGCCAUUCCCACUCAAGAAAUCCUCUACAAUGCUCUUGGUGCUCUAAUUAAAGAGAGAAAAAUCUACCACACUGGAGAGGGCUACUUCAUUGUUACACCUCAGACCUACUUUAUCACAAACAACAUGGUGAAGGAGAAGAACUGGUGGACAAGUGAUAAUGACCCUGUCUCCCCUCCUCCCAUCACAUACCUGAUGAGCAAUGAGAGCUGCAUAGAUGCUGCUACUGAAGUACCCAUUAUGGCUCACUGCAAGUCCUGUAGUUGUUUCACACCUCAACUAACUGCUGCUCCUUCUGUCCAGGAGCAGUCUAUCAGCAUAAGUGAAUGCACUGGGAAAAGCCUUAAGUGGCCCAGAGAACACAAGCCAUCUGUUCAACACCAGUCCACAUCUACGGCGGCCGAUUACCAGGCUAGUGAAAUUAGCAAGUCUACAACCACCAGCCGCAAGGACAAGGAAAAACCUGUGCGCAAGUUUGGCCUCAACUUGUUUCGUCGUAACACAGGAAAGAAGGAGAAUAAGCUAAAGAAGGAAUAUGCCACUUUCUCUGGUCAGUUUCCACCCGAGGAAUGGCCAGUCAGGGAUGAGGAUGACCUUAAUAACCUUCCCAGAGAUUUGGAGCAUGCCAUCAUUAAACGGAUCAACCCUGAUUUAACUGUCGAUAACCUUGUCCGCCACACUGUCCUAAUGAAGAAAUUGGAAGAGAAGGCGGAGAGAAUGACAAAGGCCCUGACUACUGAUAAAGGCAUGUCCACAGAGAUCCUGGUACCUAAGCAAAGGCACCACUCAACCAAAGCUGUUGGCAGACGAUCAGCCUCUAAAGCCAAUCGGAGCAAGAGAAGAGGACCUUCGGCAAAAGAGAAACAGAGAACGAAGAGUAAGGACAUUAUAUGUGAUGAGGAUUUACAGGAAGAUGAGCAUAUCGCAUCUAGUCUUAGGCCCGAAUUAGUCAUAGAUGAGCCUUCUCAUCAUGAGGACUGUGAGGCUUUGGAUGCACAAUUUGUCUAUAAGAAACGCAUAGAGGAUCCAUUUCAAUCAAUGCCAGGAUGCGAUACAGCUGUAAAUCAUAAAGAACAAAGAAGGAGAGAAGGCAAAUCCUCUGGCCGGCGAGAGCGAGCAAGCCACAGGUCAAAGUCCUGGGAUCCUCAUCAUGUAAAAGUGGUAGGAGAAGAAGUGCAGAAAGCCUGCAUGCUAUUCGACAGAUCAUGUGAACAGCUUCAUGAAAUAGGGCUGAAUUUGGACUCUACAAUAGAUGCUACAGCAAUCAAGGAACUUCCUGCAGACUAUAGCUCUUACUAUCCUGAGAAUAGCACACUGAGGAUAGAAGACAAAGUAAAACAGAAAGGCAGAGAGUUCAGCAAUGGAAGACUAAAGCAGACAAAACAGGUUUUACAAGAGAGGGAUUUAAAAGACGUUUCGAAUCAGAAUCUUGGUACAGACCUUGCCUCAGUUCCAUACCAAAUGACAGAGGUACCCGUGUCAUGGCCCAAACCUUCAGCUCGGUGUAGAGCGUCUCUUCAUCUUGUCAGCAGUAAGGAGGAAUCUGACCGUUGUCCUGACCUCCUUUCCUCACAUCAACAAACUGGCAGCAUGGCAAGCAGUCAACAUCUGGCGGACACUGAGAGGGUACACAGAAACACAAGCAAUGUAGAUAGUGAAGUACACACUGAUGCUGAACACCAUAUUUACAGAAACCUUGAAGACGAUGAAGAUGGAUGCAGCUCCCUCUGCAUUAAUGAGGAGCAUGUCAAUGAGUUAAUUCACGCUGGCACAUCUAGAUGCCGUGAGCCGGUCUGUUUCGAUGGGAACUGGGACAGCUCUUUUAUAGAAGAGAACAUAUUACCUCUUCAUCAAGACACUAAACGAGCCACACAAAGACAGCAUGAAUACAGAUGGCCUCAAACUGAGCAGAAACCUGGUUUGUCCCAACUACCAUCAGAUGGCAACCCCGGGGCAAAGCCUCAACACAUUGAUGAAAAGCUAAAUAAGCCCAGUCCAGGACACUCUGACCCGAGUGAUACCCUGGACAUCAGUAUCUUUGAUUAUAGUCAAAUGAGUGAGAGGGGCUCAGACACUGAAACAGUCCUUAAGUCUGCAGAUGAUGACGAUGAACAAGCCAGCCACUGGAUUUGUCACUCACAGGACUAUGACCAGAAUCAAUCAGUGGAUGCUAAUAACUUUCAACCAGCAAGUCUGAGUCACUGUGAUCGUUCUGGUGCCUUCAUCGGUGAAACAGCAGAGAAUCAAAGCAACACAGCAGACAGUGGGAUUGACUCUCCCAGGACACGUAUGAGUCUCAUCUCCUCUAACUCUGUGAUACUAAAAGGGCUGAAACGGCGUAAUUUUCUACAAAACCUUGAAAACCUCCACUCCAAAACCAACGGCAUUCAUCCUCAAAGUUCCCUUCUUCAGCUCACACCUGUCAUGAAUGUCUGAAUAGCUUUGUGCAGAUGAUUUACACACUGUGCAUUUAAGCUCAUUUAGUCGCAUCUGUAUUAUUGUGCAUAUUUAUAGCUAUUAUGUGUAAAUAGUUUUGUUUAUUCAACAUUGAGCAGUGCAUGUGGUAUUUUGGGAGUAAUUGGACUUCUGAGGUAUUAGGGUUUUUUUAUUGUUUUUUUUUUAUUUGCUAUUUUAGUACCAAGCUACUCUGUUUAUAAAGAGGGUUACAUUAGAUAAAAUAAUCCUUUACACUUCCAAGUUAAAAUACUAAGACCUUUGUAAAU